AUGAAGUACAGAAUCUUGCACCGCGAGUGGCGGUCUAUCCGGGCGAUGUGGUUUACGAUGAUAGCAGAGCUGGCCGGAACCGUCGCGGUAUUGGUGCUCUUUGGCAUCGCACAGCCCGACCUCUAUCGCACGCAGCUCUGGCGCGCCGGCAAUGACUUGGGGUUCAACUCGAGCCCGAACAUCAUCCUAUACGCCUACGCCAACCACAGACCCUUGCCGAACAUCCCUUUCGUCUGGACCUUGACCUUGACCAACUUCAAUGUGGCCAUAUCCGUCAUCAGCUUGUUCUUCCUCCUUGCGAAGAUGAUUGCAGUCAUCAUGCACGUGUGGUUUCCCCUAGUGGCGCUUUUCUUCAACGUCGCCCUCGCGGCCCUCUACACCACCAGCGUAUACGGGCAGAUGGGCCCCGACUAUGCGGACCCGAACCACCCCAGCCCCAUAGCGUGGUACAUCGCAAAGCCGUGCACCGUCGCCGCAAACCAGAGCGUCCAGAAGUCCUGCAGAACGGCCAAAGGAACGUAUGCAGUGACCGUUCUCAUGCUUGUCGUAUAUCUCGUGAAUCUCGGCCUCAACAUCUGGGCUCUGCUACCGACCGAGGCCGACAAGAGAGGCACGGACGUCGACUCGGACGAGGAGACAAACUCGCCGUCGAGCCUGAAGAGGAACGACAAGUGGGAGAUGCAUGGCAUUCCGCAAACGCCGAGGACGGCAACGGUGCCAUAUACUCCACGCACCAUGGCCUUCAACACGCUUGACAGAAAACUGCCCCUCAGGUCGCAGCAGUACGCAUGA